CAGUUCUGGGGGUUUCUGGGCAGGGCAGUGUAUGUAGUCCCGGAGCCUUUGGUAAUCGCAGGCACUUCCGCUCCAGGAGGGCAGCGUAGCAGCCAUCUUUUCCCGCGCUGAAGUGGUUUUUGAUCGGCGCCCCAGGAAUACUUCGAAUUUCCCCCAUAUGUACUUGGGACCAGCCGCUUACAGUCUUUCGUUUGGGGAGGAACGGCUGACAGCGGAGGUUCGAGGAUGGCGUUUUGCGUUCUCUAGGGGCGGAGCUUCCUUGAGUUGGGGGCUUACAGGGUCCGGGCGGUCCUGGUUCGUCUUCACGGAGUUAGAGGGCGCCCUGGGGUGCUCGCGCCUCCUACCCGACUCCCCCACCUGUGAGCCAGCCCUGCGACCUCAGACCCUACCACCUCGGGCCGCCUAGUUGAUCCCUCUGUACUUUUGUUGUGUAAAAGGAAAUGACAAGUUACACCUUCAUAUAAUGGAGUAUUUUGAGAAAAACGUGGUAUACUACAAAUGAUUUUAAAUUGCCUGGUACACAGAUUUUUCUCGAUAAUACUAAAAUUUUUUCGAGAAGCAUGUUUCCAGUGAGCAUCUGUGACGUCAGGAAGCAACUGGAUUUUCCCUAAGCCAUUGCUCUUUUUAGGAAGGAGAGUGUUGCUUCUAGCUGGUUUUGGGAGAUGUUGCUGUGACUGAUUGGAGGUGAAGACACAACCUUGGUAUUUCACAACCUCCUCUUCUUCCCCAUUCCUGACUUGUCAAAAAGCACUGCACAGAGGAGAAGGCCGCAGAGUCCCACGACUCUGCACUCCCCAGAAAGAAGAAUUAAAGAUGAGCACAUUCAAGGAAGCUGUGACUUUUAAGGAUGUUGCUGUGGCCUUCUCUGAGGAGGAGCUGGGACUGCUGGACUCUGCUCAGAGGAAGCUGUACCAAGAUGUGAUGGUGGAGAACUUCAGGAACCUGGUCUCAGUAGAGCAUCAGCUCUUCAAACAAGAUGUAUCAUAUACAGAAAGACAAGAGAAACUGUGGAUGAUGAAGACGGCAACCCAGAGAGAGACAACUUUAGGAGAGAACAAUCAAAGUGAGUUAAGGACUGUUCAAGACAGAGAAUCCCUUGAAGAACUUUGCUGCUGGAAAAUCUGGCAACAAAUUGCAAAUGACCUAACCAGGUGUCAUGGCACCUUAAUAAAUAAUACUCAGGUCCAUAAACAGUGUUAUUCCCCCUGCCAGGUUGGGACAGGACUACCUGAUCAAAUUUCUGAAGAUGAGAACUCUAUACAGAAUCAUAAAGCCAAUGGUCCCAAUCAUACUGAAGACCCAGAGUUUCCAAUUUUGAGAACCCAGGAUUCUUGGAGGGAAACAUUCAUAAUUGAAUCACAGAAUUAUCAGAGUGGGUAUCAGCAGAUUUCCAUGAAAAAUAAACUCUGUCAGCACAAACAGGAUAUUGACCCCAUCAGUUGCAUUUCACAUCACCGUGAUGAUCUUAGAAUAGACCAAAGUGAAAAAUCUUAUAGCCCCAAUGAAUAUGGAAAAGAUAGCCUAAAGAUUUUGACAUUUUGUAAGCACAGGAUGACUCGCCCAGAUCAUAAACCUUACAAGUGUAAUGAGUAUAAAAAAGCCUUCAAUGAUCUCUCCAGCUUUGAGCCUCAGCAGCAGUUACACUCAGGAGAGAAAUCUCAGACAUGUUUUGAGUGUGGAAAAGGUUUCCAUGACAGCUCAGUACUUUGUGUUCAUCUGAGAGUUUGCAUGGAAGAAAAACAUAAGUGUAAUGAGUGUGGUAAGGAAUUCAGUCAGAGCUCACAUCUGCAAGCCCAUCAAAAAGUCCACACAAGAGUAAAACCGUACACAUGUGAGCAGUGUGGUAAAGCUUUUAGUCGUAGAUCAGCACUUAACGUUCAUUGUAAAGUCCACACCGGAGAGAAACCUUAUAAUUGUGAGGAGUGCGGGAGGGCCUUCAGUCAGGCCUCUCAUCUUCAAGAUCAUCAAAGACUCCACACUGGGGAGAAACCAUUCAGAUGUGAUGCUUGUGGUAAAAGUUUCAGCCGGAAUUCACAUCUUCAGUCUCAUCAGAGAGUACAUACAGGAGAGAAACCUUAUAAAUGUGAGGAAUGUGGGAAGGGUUUUAUUUGUAGCUCAAAUCUUUACAUUCAUCAGCGGGUCCACACAGGAGAAAAACCCUAUAAGUGUGAGGAAUGUGGUAAAGGUUUUAGUCGGCCUUCAAGUCUUCAGGCCCAUCAGGGAGUCCACACUGGAGAAAAGUCAUACAUAUGUACUGUGUGUGGUAAAGGCUUUACUCUGAGUUCAAACCUUCAAGCUCAUCUGAGAGUCCAUACUGGAGAGAAACCAUACAAAUGUGAGGAGUGUGGGAAGAGCUUCAGGAGGAACUCCCAUUAUCAAGUUCAUCUAGUGGUCCACACAGGAGAGAAGCCUUAUAAAUGUGAGGUGUGUGGGAAGGGCUUCAGUCAGAGUUCCUAUCUUCAAAUCCAUCAGAAGGCCCACAGUGUAGAGAAACCUUACAAGUGUGAAGAGUGUGGGCAGGGGUUCAAUCAGAGUUCACGACUUCAGAUUCACCAGCUGGUCCACACUGGUGAGAAACCAUACAAAUGUGAGGAAUGUGGAAAGGGAUUCAGUCGAAGAGCAGAUCUUAAAAUUCAUUGCAGAAUCCACACAGGAGAAAAACCAUAUAAUUGUGAGGAAUGUGGGAAGGUCUUUAGGCAGGCCUCAAAUCUUUUGGCCCAUCAGAGAGUCCAUAGUGGAGAAAAACCAUUCAAAUGUGAAGAGUGUGGGAAGAGCUUCGGUCGGAGUUCACACCUUCAAGCCCAUCAGAAAGUCCACACUGGAGACAAGCCCUACAAAUGUGGGGAGUGUGGGAAGGGCUUCAAGUGGAGCCUGAAUCUGGACAUGCAUCAGAGGGUUCACACAGGAGAAAAACCAUAUAAGUGUGGGGAGUGUGGGAAGCACUUCAGUCAGGCCUCAAGUCUCCAACUCCACCAGAGCGUCCACACUGGAGAGAAACCAUACAGGUGUGAUGUGUGUGGGAAGGUCUUCAGUCGGGCAUCACAGCUCCAGUCUCAUCAGAGAGUUCACACAGGGGAGAAGCCUUACAGGUGCGAGGUAUGUGGUAAGAGCUUCAGCUGGAGAUCAAAUCUUACAAUUCAUCAUAGAAUCCAUGUCAGAGAGAAGUCCUAUAGAUGUGACAGUUGUGGUAAGGGGUUCAGUAGCAGCACAGGUCUCAUCAUUCAUUAUAGAACUCACACGGGAGAGAAACCUUACAAAUGUGAGGAGUGUGGUAAAUGUUUUAGUCAAAGUUCAAAUUUUCAGUGCCAUCAGAGAGUCCACACUGAAGAAAAACCAUACAAAUGUGAGGAGUGUGGCAAGGGCUUUGGCUGGAGCGUUAAUCUCCGAGUCCAUCAGAGGGUCCACAGGGGUGAAAAACCUUAUAAAUGUGAGGAGUGUGGGAAGGGAUUCACUCAGGCUGCACAUUUCCACAUACAUCAGCGAGUCCACACUGGGGAGAAACCCUACAAAUGUGAUGUGUGUGGUAAGGGCUUCAGCCACAAUUCGCCACUAAUAUGCCAUCGGAGAGUCCACACUGGGGAGAAACCAUAUAAAUGUGAGGCAUGUGGGAAAGGCUUUACCCGAAAUACAGAUCUUCAUAUCCAUUUCAGAGUCCACACAGGAGAGAAGCCUUAUAAAUGUAAGGAGUGUGGUAAGGGCUUCAGUCAGGCCUCAAAUCUUCAAGUCCAUCAGAAUGUCCACACUGGAGAGAAACGAUUCAAAUGUGAAAUGUGUGGGAAGGGCUUCAGUCAGUCCUCAAAGCUUCAAACCCAUCAGAGAGUCCACACUGGAGAGAAACCGUACAAAUGUGAUGUGUGUGGUAAGGACUUCAGUUACAGUUCAAAUCUUAAACUACACCAAGUAAUUCACACUGGAGAAAAACCAUAUAAGUGUGAGGAGUGUGGGAAGGGCUUCAGCUGGAGGUCAAAUCUUCAUGCUCAUCAGAGAGUCCACUCGGGAGAGAAACCUUAUAAAUGUGAAGAGUGUGAUAAAAGCUUCAGUCAGGCCAUCGAUUUUCGGGUACAUCAGAGAGUCCAUACUGGAGAGAAACCAUACAAAUGUGGUGUAUGUGGUAAGGGCUUCAGUCAGUCCUCAGGCCUCCAGUCCCAUCAGAGAGUCCAUACCGGGGAGAAGCCAUAUACCUGUGAUGUGUGUGGAAAGGGCUUCAGAUACAGUUCACAGUUCAUAUACCAUCAGAGAGGCCACACUGGAGAAAAGCCCUACAGAUGUGAGGAGUGUGGGAAGGGCUUUGGUAGGAGCUUGAAUCUUCGCCAUCACCAGAGGGUCCACACAGGAGAAAAGCCUCAUAAGUGUGAGGAGUGUGGGAAGGCCUUUAGUCUCCCCUCAAAUCUUCGAGUCCAUCUGAGUGUUCACACUCGGGAGAGACCCUACAAAUGUGAGGUGUGCGGAAAGGGCUUCAGUCAGAGUGCACGUCUUCAAGCCCACCGAAGAGUCCACACUGGAGAAAAACCUUACAAAUGCGAUCUGUGCGGCAAAGACUUCAGUCACCGGUCCCGUCUCACAUACCACCAGAAAGUCCACGUUGGCAAAAAGCUCAAGAAAUGAAAUUUUUUGUUGACUUCUGCCAGAAGGUAGAACUUCAAGUUUUUGGAGUCGAUGCUAGUGAUGGGACCCUGUAAAAAUAUUGAGAGUGGAAGGGGUUUUCUUCAGGUUCAGAAUCUUAACAUAUACUCUAAAAUGAUGGCAGAACCAGAGUAACGGAACUGGAACUCAGAUUUAGGGAAGAAGUUGGUAUUGCAGCCCUGUUGGUAAGAUCCAGUUAAUAUAAAUGACCAUCUUUCAGUGUGACUGUAUGCUGAAAGGUAAUGUAUAAAAGGAUAUUUGCCAUAUUUUAACUACUUAUUUUUGGUCAGGAAGGGUUUUCAAUUACUUUAACUUUCCUUUUAUACUUACAGUGGUUAUUAUUUUACUAAAAAGCUGUAAAGCUAUGGAAAAAUAAAAUUGCUGACUAAAAAUUUCCUGUUACUAAGGAUGCAUGUUUGUUUCAUGUAGUAUAAAGGGCUAUAAUUAAGGAGUAGAUCCCCAGAGAUGAGCCUUUGAUCUUCAAAUGUAAAUUUAUGUGUGCCACAGAUAUAUAUAAAAAGAUAUUCAUUGAAUCAUUUUAGUAGCAAACAACCAGUUGGAUUGCCAGGGUAUUUUAUGUGUUAUCAGUCCAAUGGAAUACUAUACAAACAUCAAAUGAGAGAAAGCAAAUUUGUAAUUACAGAGGUUGGAAGAUUUCCAGAAUUUAGUAACCUGGGAAAACACAAAAUCUGAGUUUUUGUGGAAUCCUAUUUUUUUAAGAAAAGGUAUAGAUGUGUAGAGAUUUCUAAUUAUCUCUAAAUGAUGAGAUUUUGAUUUUGAUGUAUCGUUAUAUUUCUUUUUAUUUUGAAAUCAUAUAAAACUUAGAAAAACUGUAAAAUUUGUAUAAAUUCUCUCAUAUUCUCUUUACCCAGAUUCGUUAACAAGUCAUUCUUCACAUACCUGAAUGUGUGUAUGACUGUGUAUACACACUUUUCUUAACCACACAGUCAUCUUGCCCUUACACUAAAAUACGAAGUGUAUUUUCCUAAGAAUAAGGAUGUUUACUCAAAACAGCUUUGACAUAACAUUCAGGAAGACAUGAGCUCUUAAUUCUUUCACCAGUGCCACUUGUUCCUAAUUACUCUAGCUUUAUUUUAAGUCUCUAAGUCUAGUAGCAUAAAUUCUCCAACUUUGCUUUUUCAGAAUUGCUUUAGCUGUUGUAAUUUUUCAUUUUUGCAUGUAAGUUGGAGAAUCAUUUUGUUUAUUAAAAAAAAAAAAAAAAAAAACCCUGCAGAACUUUUGAUGGGAACUGU